AUGGCUUAUGCUGCUUUGAUCUCUCUAAAAUCCGUAAUCGAGCGCCUUCUAAAAUCUUCCGAAAUUUCUUUUGUUCCGCCCUCAAAGAAAAUCCUAAAAUCUUCAUACAAACAGCUUUUGUCCUUACAAGAAGUCCUCAAGCGAUUUGAUAAUAGCAGCAGAAUCAGCAGCGAGAGGGUGAAUGCAUUGGAUGGAGAAAUCAGAGAGGUCGUACGGAAACUAGAAGACGUAAUAGAAUCCCGUGUCUCAAAUCAGUUCCUUUCUCAAUCUGGAGAAAUCCAUCCAUUGCUACUAGUACUCUCCCUAGACAUGGUGGAGGUGAAGAACGAGAUUGAUUCCUUGAACAAAAAGCUCGAGAAGAUGGAGGGGGAGUACGCUACCGAAAUUGAAGAUCAUGAUGCCGUUUCAUCAAGAAUUUGUUUUGGGCGGAAGAAGUCGAAGAUGGUUGGAUUAUCCGAUCAAUUUGAAGAAAUCAAAACACGGCUUUUUGAUACAAUGGAAACUUGUCAACUCAUGGCCGUGUAUCUUGUUGGAAUGGCGGGGAUUGGUAAGAUUACUCUUGCUGUCGAACUUUUUGAAGAUCCAUUAAUUACGAGUCAUUUGGACGGCCAUGUGUUUGUCACCAUAGGGAAAAAGUAUCACUUAAAAACGAUCCUUGAGGAUAUUUUAGCUCAAGUGAAUCCCGAGACAGAUAAAAUAUUGCUCAAGGAAGGAGACCUGAAAGAAUUGAAAAGAAUGACGACAAUGAGAUUUCUCAUCCGCUCAUUACUCUUAUUUUUGGCAAUCUGA